UCUCACAAAGAAUGUGUCCUUGGGCUCUGUCCUUGAAGCACUUGGAGACAACAAACUCUUCAGAUUUUACGAUCUAAUAAACAGCCUCAGAGAUGAGGUUGACAGAAAAUGUGCAUUUUUUGACAAAUAUCUGACUUACUCAAAGCCCAGCACGAAGAAAGAUGAUCCCUCAUACAUUUCCAAAGACACCUCAGAAUGCUACAGGAAUUAUGUCGGAGACUCCCCACUGAGGCAUUUCAAACAAAAAGGCGCUGAUCUCAUCCAGAAGCUUAAACAAAACCGGGUGGACACCUCUGUUGGAGUACUCUCCUGUCUUGACAGAGAAUGUACCGAAUCAGACCUUAAAGAAAUAACCACAUGGUGGGAAGAACUCUUCCUGCACAAAGAUUCAGUAACAGCGGUGGCCAACUGCAUCCUCGCAAUUCUUCCUUCUAAAUGCAGAGAGAGAGAAGAGAGAGAAUUUAAACUGCCUCUGAUUCCCGAAGAUUCACCUGAGCUCCACAUGUUAGCCCUCCUCCUGUGCUGGCCUACAGACAGUGAAGACAAAUGUGUCAUCAACCUCGGGAAAUUCAUUCUGGGUAUGCAACAUGCCUACGAACAUGCAUACAAGAUGCACUUUCGAUCAAGGUACCUCCGCCCUCUGUUUUUCAUUGGAAAUGGUCAAGAUUUGGACAGAAUUGUUCACAGUAAGGUCCUCGAAGAAAUAUUUCUUGACUCAAAUCAGGAAACAAUACAAGAUUGGAGCAACAACUGGAGGAACGAGAAGAUUUUCCAAGAGCCCAAGGUCCAAGAACACCUUCUCAGAGUGACAGGGGAGGUACGUAACUGUAGAGUCUAUGCAAAUGUUGGUGGCACAUCGAUUGAGCUGGACGCAAACCUCCGAAACAGCCUCUGGAAACAUCGCCAAGUAUUUUUUUACCUUGGCUUUACCAUCAGAGGACCUGUAGCCUUUGCCAUCCAGACAAAACCUGCAGAAAAUGUGAUGAGCAGCUCAGAGCCAGAGCAAAUACAACCUGACCCGUCUGUCUCAGCAGAUACCACUGGAGGUCAGCAUUUUGUGGAUCACCAUCGGACAGCUCUGAUUGAGAGAGUGACGGAUACAGGAACCAUCCUGGAUAAGCUCAUGGAAAGGGGGGUGAUCUCAGAUGAGAGCUAUGAUGCUGUGAGAGCUUUAAAAACCACUCAAGACCAAAUGAAGCACAUUCUUCAGUGUUUGGUUUCAGCCAGCACAAGAGACAAAGACGCUCUCUAUGAAAUCCUGAAAGGGAUGAGAAGUAUGAAGCCUCUCAUAACUGAGCUUGAAGAAUGUGAAUAAAGGAACAAAACAUAAACGUCAAAGGCAGUGCUGUGCCCUUGGACAUUUGACACAAAGGACACUGGACACAAUGUUAUCCAUCAAAUGUUUCGCCUCCCCCUUACAGGGUCAAACAGUCGAGCACUUUUAGUAAUGGACUUAUUAGUCUCUGCUGUGAAAAGAGAUGCUACAGGUUAUUUAUAUCAGCUGAUCUCCAUCUGACACAUCUGAUGAAAAUAGUGACUUCAUUUAAAGGGACCUAAAUGGCAGCACUUUGCCCCAUUAAAAAUCACUAAUUAUAGCUUUAAAA